GGAGGAGGAAGAGCUGGACAGUGAUCCUGGGCUGUGGCACUUGAGCCCCUUGCAGGCGGCUAGGUGGGGGAGGAUGGCUUGGAGGCCCCUCUGAAGCUAUCCCUUUGCCUGAGCUGCUGCUCUCAGCCAGGCAGGGCUCUGGAGAGAAAUGCCAGAGAGACCAGGAUGGUCCGAAGACUCAGGAAGUAAAAUUAAGCACUGUCAUCUGGAUCAUCAGAGUUUGGUAACAACAUUAUGAAUAAAAACCUAGACUGUCAGGAAGACAGUUUAAAUCUUGUCAUCACCCCCCCCCCAACCCCCAGUUGGUUUUGGGACAAGUCGAUUCCGAACCCUGUAGAACUGCUCCAUAGUGCUUCCAAGGAGCUGCUGGUGAAUUCCAACUGCCGAUCUUUCGGUUAGCAGCCAAGCUCUUAACCACUGUGCUACCAGGACUCCUUUGGCCCCUCCACAAGCUGUAGAAUGUUAGGCAAGUUACUUAAUCUCUCUAUCCUCAAUAUAUAAAAAAAAAAAUCAAACCCACUGCUGUCGAGUCGAUUCCGACUCACAGUGACCCUAUAGGACAGCACAGAAUUGCACCAUAGAGUUUCCAAGGAGCGCCUGGUGGAUUCAAACUGUGGAACACUUGGUUAGCAGCCAUAGCACUUAACUACUACCUCACCAGGGUUUCCAUCCUCAAUAUACCCACCUGCAAGACGGGUGAUAAUAAUGAUAAAAAUUCUUACCUUAUAAAAAAAAAAGAUAAUUGGUAUUAUAAGAAUUAAAUCAUGCAUAUGGAACACUUAACAGGGUGCCUGAUGCAGACUAAGUGCUCAGUAAAUGUUAACUAGUAUUAACUAUGUCUGUUACCUGUGGGUGAUGCUAAACCAUUAAUGCGUUCAGCCAUUAACCAAAAGGUUGGUGGUUCAAGUCCACCCAGGGGUACCUCAGAAGAAAGGCCUGGCGAUUCACUUCCAAAAAAUCAAUCAUUGAAACUCCUAUGGAGCACAGCUGUACUCUGACACACAUGGGGUCGCCAUAAGUCAGAAUCAACUGGAUGGCGUAUCUGUCAUCUGUGACCACGUGGGCAGCAGCACCCAGGCUGGGACGCUUUCUUGGGCCCUACUCUUUAAAACAAAACAAAAAAAAUCUGCUGUGGACCUCUUUCUUUGGGAACAAAGCCUCCUGGACUUUGGGGCAUCACUAUGAAUGGUUAAGAAACUGGACUCUGGAGGCAAGCUGCCUAGGUUUGAAUCCCAGUUCCUCCUUGUGCAAGUGGCUGAACUUCUCUGUGCUUCAGCUUCCUCCUCUGUGAAGCGAGGGUGACAGCAGCUACCUCACAGUGCUGUGAGGGUUAAGUAAGCUGCUGUAGGUAAACCUCUAAGCGCAGCAGCUGCAUGUAAAAAGAGCUUGAUAAAUGUCAGCUGCUGUUAUUUGGCGACAAUGGAGGCAAUCAUUGUGCUUUGCACUUAGAAGCCAGAGUUCUUUAGCAAGGGAAUUGGACCAUAUAGAAACUGUAUAUAAACUACGAAUGACACUUCUUAGUUGAACUUGUGGCGUGGUGUAAAGAGCAUAGUCGAACUGGAUGUCCUGGUCUUCCCCCUGUCAGUAACUGUGAUUAUUAGUUUUUAAUCAGGCUGGAAACUCCCGUCUUGUGGUCCUCCCAAGAGUGUGCUCCUUGAGUCAGAAGAGGGUACCUGAAGGGAUGGAGGUGAAUAUUUAUCCUGCAGGGUUAAGAGCCUCCUGUGAAGAAAGGGUAUUUGUUGUUAUCUUUAGAGAAACUGGAUGAGAGGGAUGGGGCCUGUGAAUGUGGGAUUCUGCUCUGGCCUUCCUCCCUCUCCAACCCUUGGAACCUUUUGCACUGCUUUCUGGUGUCCAGAGAGAAGCCCAGCCUGGCUUUCUCUGAACAGUCAGUGGCCCUGUUUGCUGGACAGCAAGGAUGGAGGCUGGACCAGUUGGUACCAGCUCCAGUGUCUCUGGUGCUGAUGCCACUUGACUCCCAGCAAUAGAGCUGGAGAGCUCUUUGUCUAGUGUAUUAAGUGUCCCUGGUUGGGGGUGGGGCUGGUGACAGAGCCAUCACGGGAUGGUCCUGAUCCCUGGCCAGAACUUUCUGUUUAAUCCCUUUUUCUACUCCGUGGUCUAUGUUCCCUCCUCCCUGGGAAGAAGUCCACCGUUUUACCACUGACGCUGAAUGUCUUGUGGGGCUUCUGAUGGAGGAGGUGGGCCUGCCUCACCCGUUGGCUUUGGUUUCUUGGUCUGUAAGAUGGAGACGACGAUAUUCACCAUGCAGGGCUGUGAUGAGGAUUCCAUGUGGAAAUGAAUGUUUAGCAAAUGCCUGCACAGAUCAGUUGCUCAAUACAUGUUUGUUCUCUCCCCCUUCUCCUUUGUUAAUGAUGGAGAGCGCUCUUUCUGGGGAGCAGGGACGAGCCAGCAAGAAGGGGGUUGGAGACUAGCCCCGGGUCCCACAGCUGAGCCUCAGUCACCAAAUGGGGGCCAGAUGGAAUGCCAGGCAGAUAGGAUGCCCUUAGGAGCAGCCAGCCUGCUGUAGCAGUCCCUCUUUUCCUGAUGCUUGGUGUCACGUCCCUCCUCAGCUCUUAUCCCACGUGCACUUUGAGCCUGUAAAUAGUGUCAAUUCAGGAGCACUGCCCCAUCCCUGAGGAUGUGGCAGUCUAGCUCCCCACUACUGGCCCUUGUCACUAGAGAUAGCUGAGCACCAUGAGCGUGGCCCUGCCUGAAUCCUGGGCAUUGUGGCCAGCGCACAUCUGGCAGGAAUCCUGAUUCAACCUCACCCACGAGGCCACCUGUUGGACACCCACUCUUCUUGCUCUGGGUGGUGCUAUAGUCCUGGCUUUGAAGCAGCUGGUGGGCUGGUUUGCAGGGAGGCAGGACAGCAAACCAGAGACCAUGACGAUCAGAUGCAGCUAUCCAGCCCGCUGGGGGGCCUGGCAGCCAAGAUUUGAGAAAGAGGGAAGUCUUUGACAGCUGGGGUUCCAGGGAGCCCUCCAGGAGGUGUGAGGUUUGAGCUGGACAGGAUUCAGGUGAGAGGGAGAGGCGGUACAGGAAUAGGAAGUGACUGGAGCUGAGUGUUGAUGAAUUCCCUGACCCUGGGCCUAGGGAGCUGUGACAACUCACCUGAGGACUCGCAGGUAGCUGGAGCAGACCUGAGAUCAAAGCCCAGUCCCAUGGUUUUGGGUCUGGUGCUCUACUGAGUCCCUGGUGGUGCAAAUGCUUAACAUGCUCAGCUGCUCACUGCAAGUUUGGAGGUUUGUGUCUACCCAGAGGCACCUCAGAAGAAAGGCCUGGUGAUCUACUUCUUAAAAAUCAGCCAUUGAAAACCCUAUGGAACACAGUCCUCCUCCGACACACGUGGGGUUGCCCUGAGUCAGAGUGGACUUGACAGCAACUGGUAUUCUUUCUGCCAUACCUCACUGCAGGGGGCGCCAAAGCUGGGGAGGGGGGGCGUUGGGAAAUCCCAGGCCUCCAGUGGCCGUGUUUGGCAGAUGCCUGCCUUUUUCUGCACAGUCCUAGCUGUUCACCUUUCCAGGUUCAGCAGGGUGGCCACCUCUUGUAGGAAGCCCUGGUAAGAUGGAACAUGUCCCAUGCCUUGGGCCUCCACUCUGUGGGCUUCCGCCUCAGCACCUGCUCCACCUCAGUGCACUGAUUGCAUCUUAGCUCUGUUACCCAUGUGAGCCAUAAGCAGUUGUUUCUCUAUCCCCAGCACCUUCACAGUGGGCUUGCACAUAACCGGGGCUCAGUAAGUGCUGAAUGGUCGGACAGACGGACGGACGGACGGACGGAUGGAUGGCUAACUGUGCAAAGGAUCUGAGGAAUGAGAUGUGUCCCCACCGAGGUGCCCCACAGCACCCCACAUUCAGCUUGGGCUGAGAAGCUGGACCUGGACCAGACGGCUGGCAGCAAUGGGCUCCUGGCCGGAUCCUAGACAGCUGGUGGCAGCGAGGAGGAGGAGAGGCCUUGGGGUCUGGAGCAGGGCUGGGAGGAAGCAGGACUGGAGUGUGUGAGCAGCCCCCGAACCUUCCCGCUGGGCCCACCAUGGUCCAGAGACUGUGGGUAAGCCGCCUGUUGCGGCAUCGCAAAGCCCAGCUCCUGCUGGUCAACCUGCUGACCUUCGGCCUGGAGGUGUGCCUGGCCGCGGGCAUCACCUACGUGCCCCCGCUGCUGCUGGAAGUGGGGGUAGAGGAGAAGUUCAUGACCAUGGUGCUGGGCAUUGGUCCAGUGCUGGGGCUGGUCUCCGUCCCACUCGUAGGCUCGGCCAGUGACCACUGGCGUGGGCGCUACGGCCGUCGCAGGCCCUUCAUCUGGGCUCUGUCCCUGGGUGUCCUGCUAAGCCUUUUCCUCAUCCCGAGGGCUGGUUGGCUGGCAGGGCUGCUGUACCCGGAUGCCAGGCCCCUGGAGUUGGCACUGCUGAUCCUGGGCGUGGGGCUGCUGGACUUCUGUGGCCAGGUGUGCUUCACCCCGCUAGAGGCCCUGCUCUCCGACCUCUUCCGGGACCCAGACCACUGUCGCCAGGCCUUCUCUGUCUAUGCCUUCAUGAUCAGCCUUGGCGGCUGCCUGGGCUACCUGCUGCCUGCCAUCAACUGGGACGCCAGUGCCCUGGCCCCCUACCUGGGCACCCAGGAGGAGUGCCUUUUUGGCCUGCUCACACUCAUCUUCCUCACUUGUGCGGUGGCCACGCUGUUUGUGGCUGAGGAGGCAGCACUGGGCCCCACUGAGCCAGCUGAGGGGCUGCCGGUCCCCGCCACACCCCCCCACUGCUGCCCAUGCCGUGCCCGCCUGGCCCUCUGGAACCUGGGUGCCCUGUUGCCCUGGCUGCACCGGCUCUGCUGCAGGGUACCUCGUACCCUGCGCCGGCUCUUUGUGGCUGAGCUGUGCAGCUGGAUGGCCUUCAUGACCUUCACACUGUUUUACACGGACUUUGUGGGCGAGAGGCUGUACAAGGGUGUGCCCAGGGCUGAGCCAGGCACCGAAGCCCGGAGACACUAUGACGAAGGGGUCCGGAUGGGCAGCCUGGGGCUGUUCCUCCAGUGUGCCAUCUCCCUGAUCUUCUCUUUGGUCAUGGACCGGCUGGUGCAGCGAUUCGGCACCCGGGCAGUGUACCUGACCAGCGUGGCGGCUUUCCCUGUGGCUGCUGGUGCCACGUGCUUGUCCCACAGCGUGGCUGUGGUGACUGCCUCGGCUGCGCUUACCGGCUUCACCUUCUCGGCCCUGCAGAUCCUGCCCUAUACGCUGGCCUCCCUCUACCACCGUGACAAGCAGGUGUUCCUGCCCAAAUACCGAGGGGACGCUGGAGGUGGCAGUGAAGACAGCCUGACAACCAGCUUCCUGCCGGGCCCCAAGUCUGGAGCUUCCUUCCCGAAUGGACACAUGGGUGCAGGGGGCAGUGGUCUGCUCCCUUCACCACCCACGCUCUGUGGGGCCUCGGCCCGUGAUGUUUCCAUGCGCGUGGUGGUGGGCGAGCCGUCCGAGGCCAGGGUCGUCUCGGGCCGGGGCAUCUGCCUGGACCUCGCCAUCCUAGACAGUGCCUUCUUGCUGUCCCAGGUGGCCCCGUCCCUGUUCAUGGGCUCCAUCGUCCAGCUUAGCCAGUCUGUCACAGCCUAUAUGGUGUCGGCUGCAGGCCUGGGUCUGGUCGCCAUUUACUUUGCCACACAGGUAGUAUUUGACAAGAACGACUUGGCCAAAUACUCGGUGUAGAGCACUUCGGACCUGUUGAGGGAGUGCCUGCCCCACUGGGUGGGUCCCAGUUCCCCCUCUUCCAGUUCCUAGAUAGCCCCACAGGGCUGCCCUCUGGCCUUCCACUUCCUAUUGCUGCCGAAGUGGUGUGGCUCUCUGCUGCCACCUCGUGGCGAUGAGGUGCAUAGCUACACAAAUGGGGGCUGGGGUCUUCAGCCUUUGGGGCUGGCUGGCCCCUCUCCAGAUGGACUUCAGUCUGGACUUCUAUAGGGAGGCCAGGAAGGCAGAACAUUUGAUUAGCUCCACGCACUGGGAUGCAGGACGCUGUAGGUGAUUACCCAGGCUCAGGAUUAACAGGAGUGUCCUGGCCAAGUCAUAGCAGAAAAGGGGUUUUAGGGGCUGAGUCAGCUUAGCCACCUGGUCUCCCCGCUCCAAGCCCCCUUGCUAUAUAGGUUCCCCCAAUAUUGCUCUUGCAUGGGGUUUUUCUGAAGCUGUCCCCGACAGGGGUUGAGAGUUAUUUUGGGGGAAGAGUUCUGAGGGAAGGGGAAAGCCCUCUUGCUACCCCUCCCCAGCACUGCCUUUCUGCUGACUUCCCCUCACCCCACAUUUGAUCAGGACAUGGCUUGUCUGUCCCUGUGUCACCAUCAUAGGGGCACAGGCCUUUAAAUAUUUAACUUAUUUAUUUAACAAAGUGCGAGGGACUCAAUUCCCAGCUCUGCCUUGUAGGUCUCUAGGAGUUCGGAGGGGUGGGCUCCCCAACAACCGGGUCCUCUAAGAUACCUGGUUUUUGGGCUGAGCAUUGCCAGAAUCCUCUUCUCCUGGGGUGAUUGGCGUGGCCCCCAAAACUGCCUAGCUCAGGAGCUUGGAAGCCCCAUUUACCCCAACAGAAAUCCCAGAUGCUGUCACCAAGGUGGAGGUGGGUCGUCAGGUCUCUGUGGCCCCCUAACCUCCCCUUUGCCCCUGGCCCACCCACCCACUGCCCUCGGCCCCCUCUAGGCCUGAGAAGGUGAAGGAGCUGCCGGCCUGCCUUUGCCCAGUUGGCUUCUCUUUGGGGACCAGAAGCAGAGUGCGCCUCCACUAGCCUGUGUCGGUCUCAGCACCCGGGGCACGUCUGUGCUUGGGGAUCCCGCACAGAAACUCAGGAGCACGCCCCCGCCCAGGCUAGGGAGGCCUUAUCUCUGGGCCUUAAGUGCCCUUUGCAAUACUGUUACAUCUUAUUUAUUUAGUGGAGUAAAUGUUUUAUACUGUAUGUGAACAAUCAGAGUAUAGUGUUUAUGGUGACGAAAUUAAAGGUCUCUUAUAUGUUUAACUGGUGUGUGUUUAUCUUUUCUGAGGGGGAAGGACUUGAUCUCUUUAAAAGUAUCCUGAACUCUGUUCAUGGUGACCCUUAGCUUUUUGGCUAAGUUUCCGGUUAACGUUUGUCUAAGCUGUUGAUGGAACCCUGGUGGCGCAGUGAGUAAGAGCUACGGCUGCUAACCAAAAGGUCAGCAGUUCGAAUCCACCAGCUGCUCCUUGGAAACCCUAUGGGACAGUUCUGUUCUGUCCUAUGGGGUUGCUAUGAGUUGGAGCCGACUGGAUGAGGGCACCUAACAACAAAGCCGUUGAUGAUCAUUGCGUCAGUUCCCAGUAUUUACCAGCAGACGGAGCCAUAGACCAGCAAUCUGCUGCGGAUCGGUGAUUGGGCGUGGCUCUGGUACACCCGUGGCUUGAGUUCAUUCACGCAGUGGGAGGGGGCGGGAAGAGUCCCGGAUGCAGGAGUGUGUGGCAUUUUCCUUCUGAAAGGGUUUACAGCGUGGCCAAGGUGGAUGGAGCAAGUACCCGUUAUCAACCUCGGCAGAAUAGGGAGCACACUUGGCAGGUGUAUGGUGAGGAUUUCGACACCACUGUACAUUGGUUUGGAAACCCUGGUUGCAUAGUGGUUAAGUGCUAUGGCUGCUAACCAAGAGGUCGGCAGUUCAAAUCCACCGGACACUCUUGUGGGGCCGUUAUACUCUGUCCUGUAGGGUGGCUAUGAGUCGGAAUCG